AUGCUUCUUACAAAUACAGACAUCGGCACUACCGCGGAACUAGUUGAAAAGAACCUGAGACGUUUCCUCCGUGCAGUGAAAGAGUAUUUGCGCUCCAAAGAGAUGCAGAAUUUGGAAAUGAAUGGCCGAGAGAUCCACAAUGCAUUCCAAAAAGCCGUUACCUUGGCUGGGCACAGCGCAGAGCAAGGUGAAGGUGGCAAGACUGUCCUUACGGAAGAACAUCUCCGAAGUGAUACAACUUCAUCAAUCUUUCAAGACAUAUUUCUCAGACUUGCACGGAUCAGAAGGCUGUCGGGCCCUCAAUUGAGGCGAGCGCUUAGAUUUAUUCAUGAAGGCGAUUGA